UAGUGUGCAAGACAUCCGGAGUCUGGACUUUAAAAUCGAUUCUACUAUGCCUGCGCCAAUGUCUCUUUCGGACACGAAAAGUAAAGACGGGAAACGUGGCUGAUGAUAUUGCCAAUGGCAUAGGCUUGCUUGGAAACUGCUGGCACUUCUAUCGUCAAUAUCAAAACAUACGCCGUGGCUGUAUCAUUUUCCAAACUGAAAACUCUGUCUCCGUGGUCAGACAAUCCUCCCGUCUCUUAAGACUGCGAAUAUGGCGAUGCAGACCGGGGUCUCAACCUCCAAAGUUUUGAUUCUUGUCGGAGCAGGUUUGACUGGUUCUGUUAUUUUGAGGAACGGCCAAUUGUCUGAUGUUAUUUUUCAGCUUCAGGAAUUAAUCAAGGGUGUGAAUGAUACGGAGAUCUCAUCCAACAAGUAUGAUAGCUCCCUUCUUGCAGCUCAGAUUCGACAGUUGGCACAAGAGAUCAGAGAGUUGACACUGUCCAGUCCAGUAGCCAUUUUCAAUGGAAAUUCUGACUCAAGUGGGAGCAUUGCAUCUUACAUAAUGCCAGCUGCUGCACUUGGAGCGAUGGGAUAUUGCUAUAUGUGGUGGAAGGGCUGGUCAUUUUCUGAUGUUAUGUUUGUAACAAAGCGUAAUAUGGCCAAUGCUGUUGCAAUUGUAUCAAAACAGUUGGAGCAAGUUUCUGCAGCUUUAGCAUCAACCAAAAGGCACCUAUCUCAAAGGCUUGAAAACUUGGAUGGGAAGCUGGAUGAGCAGAGGGAAAUAUCAAAGUUUAUCAUGAAUGAGGUAGAUGAUGUGAAAUCAGAUCUUUCUCAAAUUGGAUUUGAUAUUGAAAUAAUCCAAAAAAUGGUGUCUGGACUGGAAGGGAAGAUUGGACUUCUUGAAAGCAAACAGGACAUUGCUAAUUCAGGCCUCUGGUAUCUAUGCCAAGUUGCUGGGGGAAUUAAAGAUGGGCUAAAUACCAAACUAUUUCAGGACCUUAAUGAUAAACCUCCACUGAGGCAUUCUUUAAACUAUGAGGACAAAUCACCCAAGGGGCUCCAAUUCAUUGCAGAAAGCGUUGAGUCAGGCAAGAUAGAGAAGCCAAAGCUCUACAAAGUGGUAGAUAGUGAUCUAGAUGACAAGCUCUCUAAAAACGUUUCAGCUGCGAAAAUGAGAAUACACAGGGCGUGUCCAAUUAGUGCUUCUUUGACAGGGGAUGUUAACUCAUAAAUUCGUCAUUAUCCGAUUGGCGAUUUGUUUGAUUAAUUGAUUGUUCAUGCUUGGAAUUUGGAUAUGGGGCUUAUAUUUGUGCAAGUUGAAGGUCAAAUUAUUUAUUUCGCCUUGAUUCUGCUUCUCUUCUUUUUUUUUUCUCCUAAGUUAAUGUCUGGGAGAUGUAUGCAUUGAUCCCACCGUUCCGAAAGGCCGAAACUGUACUGUGAAGCUGUACAUGCUGAUAAUAAAUCAACCAACUCAGUCAUGGUAA